AUAUGAUUGUCGAGGGCGUAGCAUUGUUAAAUCUAACGGUGAGGAAGUAUUAGUGUAAUCGUUGUGAGGUUACUUUGCCAAAGAGCAAAGUAACGAAUUUAUUAAAUACCAUGAAAGUAUGUGGUCCGAAAUAUGCCCUAUGUGGCUUAGUACUUUCUGUAUGGGGUAUAUUCCAAUUAGUUCUGAUGGGAAUAUUUUUCUAUAUAAAGAGCGUAGCUCUAGUUGAAGACCUAAACUUUGAAAGGAAAUAUUUUUCUAAUCAGAAUGAAUUCUAUUUAGAAGCUGAAAGGAGUUAUACGCAAAAUGCAUACAAUUGCUGGAUCGCAGCAUGUAUUUAUGUUCUUACGUUCUUAUUUUCCGGAUAUCAAUUUUAUUUAAAUUCGAGAUCGUCUCUUAGCGUUUAAUAAUAAUAAUAUAUUUCUCAUAUAUUGUAAAUGAAUUAACAAUGCUGUUAUAGAGUAAUAUAAUGUACUUGUAUCAAGUGAUUUAUUAUCCAGAUUAUUAUAUUAUGUAUAUUCUAUUUAAAAAAACAAAAAAGAAAGAAAUCUAAAUAAUCGGAGAAAUUUUAAUUUCAUUAAUUACUUUGUUACGAACAAAUCUGAUUUUAUAUAAUACAUUCCAUGUUUAUCGACUAAUGUAAAAAAAUUGAUCCUGUAUAAUGCGCUUAUGAUAUGUAAUUACAUUUUGUUGUGAAUUAGAAAAUAUUGUCAAUUAUAU